AUGAGUAUAUACUUUUUAGUUGAUGCGAAACGUAUUAUGAAUAUAGUAGGCAUAUUCUUGGUGAUGUGUGAAAACUUUGUCUUCGUUUUAUGGUAUGGCUUGGAAAGGUUCUCUGAAGAUGUGCACUUUAUGCAGGGCGUGCAACCUAAGUCCUCGGUGAAGGCGUGUUGGCUGGUGUCGGGGUUCGUUCUCAUAUAUGUGCUCGGUACGCAGCUCUAUAAAGCAUACAUUGAGAAAAAUGAAACGAUGGGAAAUACAAUCGCGUGGUAUUUCUUACUUAUUAAUAUAGUGCUAACGAUACUAGUGACAAUAGUUAAACUUGUAUAUGCCAUGUAUAAGAAGAAUUUGUACGAUCAACUCAGUUUAGACUCAGAAUGGGGACCAAAGAGUGAAAUACUGAGACGUAGUAGAGCUAUGUUCAGUGCUCAGGCGAUGACUAAGGAGUACAUGUAUCGACAAUAUCACCUGCAGGCUGGAAUACUGAAGAGGCAACAAAGGUCCAAUAUCAGAAAUAAACAACCAGGAGUUCGGUUUGAUGUUGAGAAAAAAUCAAUUGAUUUUCGUAUUUAA